AUUAAGAAUAACAAGAUUAGCCGAUGAGACUGAGAGACCUCCAAGUCUACAAAAGCAACGACAAUUCCUCCACACCCACACAGAGUCGCAGACUCACACUGAAACCAUCAGAUCCAAAACCGCGAUCGCAGCUCCUUCCUGCAAUGGAUUUUGCACCGCAUGAUCUCGGAGGUUCGAAUUGAAAUGCGGCCGAACCUGUCUCCCUUCGGCAGCGUUUUGGCGAAUCCGUUUGUGUUUAAUGGCGAUUUGAGCGAGGGCUUUGAGAGCCCUGGGGUUUUGUUCUUGGUCCCGGUUUUGCUGUUCCAAGGUGGUGCAAUGGAUUUGUCGAAGGUCGGCGAGAAGAUUCUCAGCUCGGUUAGGUCUGCCACAUCGCUCGGCCUUCUUCCUUCUGCUUCUGAUCGUCCGGAGGUUCCUGCACGAGCUGCGGCUGCUGCAGCUGUUGCUCGUGCGAUUGCUGGACUGCCUCCACAUCAAAGGUUUAGUCUCUCAUCAAGCUCAGAAGAAUUGAUCUCAAUAUAUGGAAGCAGACAUCACGGUCAAGAAGUGGAGGAGACAGAGGAAGAAUUUUAUGAAGAGGACUUUGAUCCAGUUAGACGUAUUUUGGAGCAUAUUCCAUCUGAAGAAAGUGAGCUGGCUUAUUUUGAGAGACAGGCCACUCUUAGAUUGGCCCAACUGGAUAGAGUAGCUGAACGUUUAUCCCGCAAUGUUAUGGAACAUCACGAAGUAAUGGUGAAGGGGAUGCAUUUGGUCAGGGAAUUGGAGAAAGACUUGAAAGUUGCAAAUGUCAUCUGUAUGAAUGGAAGGCGGCAUCUGACCUCAUCAAGGAAUGAGGUUUCUAGGGAUCUCAUCGUAAAUUCCAAUUCCAAAAAGAAACAAGCUCUUCUGGACAUGCUUCCUGUUUUAACUGAGCUUGGCCAUGCACUGAAAAUGCAAGCAGAGCUUGAGUUUCUGGUUGAGGAAGGAAAUUACUGCAAGGCCUUUCAAGUCCUGUCUGAAUAUUUACAGCUGUUAGAUAGUUUUUCAGAACUUUCUGCAGUACAAGAGAUGAGCCGUGGUGUAGAGGUUUGGCUGGGAAAAACUCUUCAAAAGCUGGAUUCCUUGUUGCUAGGAGUGUGCCAGGAGUUCAAUGAGGAGGGCUAUACAACUGUGGUUGAUGCUUAUGCACUAAUUGGGGAUAUCUCUGGCCUUGCUGAGAAGAUACAAAGUUUCUUUAUGCAGGAAGUUCUAUCAGAAACCCACUCCAUAUUGAAGAAUAUUGUGCAAGAGGAUCAGGGAUUUCACAUGCAAAAUAGUCGACUUACCUACAGCGAUCUAUGCCUUCAGAUACCUGAACCAAAGUUUAGGCAGUGUUUGUUAAACACACUAGCUAGCCUUUUCAAAUUGAUGUGUUCAUAUCAUGAAAUCAUGGGCUUUCAGCUGGAUAAUAGGGAUUCAGCCCGUAAAACUCCAAGCAUGACACGGAAGGAAAGUGACAUCUCUCCGACUCCAGGAGGGGUUCAGCAAAUUUCACCUCCUUGUUCUUCCCAAAAAGUUAAUGGCUCUCUCGUCGAAUAUGUAGAUAUAGUGCCCGGUUCAGCCUACAUAGAUGAUCCUACAACAACCUGCUCUGCGGUUGAAUCUACAGGAAACACAACUUCCACUAGUUGUCAAAAUUUAGUUGAUGAGGCAAGUAAGGAUGACAGUACAACAUCAACAAGUGGAUCCCCGUGGUAUCAACUGAGGAAAGAUGCCACAGCAUUUGUUUCACAAACCCUUCAGAGGGGACGCAAAAAUCUCUGGCAACUCACAACUACUCGUGUAUCGGUCUUGCUUUCUUCAACUUCUGUUUCUUCUGCUAGCAUACACCAAUUCUUGAAAAACUAUGAAGAUCUGGGUGUCUUCAUCUUGGCCGGGGAAGCAUUUUGCGGAUUUGAAGCAGCUGACUUCAGGAAGAAGUUGAAGGCAGUAUGUGAAAAUUAUUUUGUAGCUUUUCAUCGGCAGAAUAUAUAUGCGCUUAAAAUGGUGUUGGAAAGAGAAAUUUGGUUGAUAAUGCCACCAGAUACAGUACAAGAAAUUACAUUUCCUGGGCUUGCCGGUGACGGAGCACCUAUAAUUGUUUCGUCUGAGGGUAAGUCUAAUGCCAGGGUUCUACAUUCUAAGCCUACAAGUGUUGUUGACACCGGCACCAAGAAGAGUGGAUUCUCUAAUUGGCUUAGAAAUGGAAACCCCUUUUUGUUAAAGCUGGCACAUACGUCCAAAGAAAGUCUUAAAUGGAAUGGCACAACUGGUGAAUUUGAUGGUAAUUUUAGUCAAAGGCUUGGUGAUAAGGUCUCUCCACCAAGCAGUGAUUCAAGACUUUCUAAUGGUGCUAAUUCUGUUUCGGAAGAAGAAAAUGAAGAUCUUCUUGCAGACUUUAUUGAUGAGGAUAGUCAACUCCCAAGUCGAAUUUCGAAACCUAGACUUUCAAGAAAUCAAUCUUUACAUUGUAAUGAUGGAGAAAUCACAGCCCAAACUGGAUCAUCUAUUUGUCUUCUAAGGUCAAUGGAUAAAUAUGCCAGACUUAUGCAGAAAUUAGAAAUAGUCAAUGUUGAGUUCUUCAAGGGAAUAUGCCAGUUGUUUGAGGUAUUUUUUCAUUUUGUGUUUGAAACAUUUGCUCAGCAAAACAGCAAUUCAGGUGGAAAAGGGUCACCAGAUCCGAUUAAUUAUCGGCUGAAGACAGCCUUGUCCAGAAUACAACAAGACUGUGACCAGUGGAUAAAGGCCCCGUCAUCUUCAUCCACAUCUCUAAAUUCUUCAUUUGCAGACAUCACGCCAAUGAGUCCUCCCAGUAACACACCAGGAACAUCCUUUGGUCUCAAGGAAAGAUGCGCAGGUGCUGACACUAUCUCCCUUGUUGCUCGAAUAUUGCAUAGAUCUAAAGCUCAUCUCCAGACAAUGCUACUUCAGAGUAAUGCUGCUGUAGUUGAAGACUUCUAUGCACAUCUGGUUGAUGCUGUACCAGAUCUUGUAGAGCACAUUCAUAGGACAACUGCAAGACAACUGCUCCAUAUUAAUGGUUAUGUGGAUCGGAUAGCCAAUGCAAAAUGGGAAGUAAAAGAGCUUGGACUAGAGCAUAAUGGGUAUGUUGAUUUGUUAUUGGGAGAAUUCAAGCACUAUAAAACAAGGCUUGCUCAUGGAAGAAUCCGCAAGGAGGUUCAAGACCUCCUCUUAGGAUAUGGACUUGAAAUUGUUGCCCAAACUCUCAUAGAAGGUCUCUCCCGUGUCAAGAGGUGUACAGAUGAAGGGCGGGCUCUCAUGUCGUUGGAUCUACAGGUUUUGAUCAAUGGCCUGCAGCAUUUUGUGGCCAUGAACGUGAAGCCCCAUUUACAAAUAGUUGAAGCCUUCAUUAAGGCAUACUAUCUCCCGGAAACUGAAUAUGUGCACUGGGCACAUGCUCACCCGGAAUACACAAGAAAUCAAAUCGUUGGGUUGAUCAACCUUGUUGCCACUAUGAAAAGUUGGAAGAGAAAAACCAGAUUGGAGGUGUUAGAAAAGAUUGAAUGAGCAUGCAACUUCGGAUAAGCGUGGUAGGUUUUUUAAUCAUUAGAACCUCACACGUUGCUUGUCACUCACUUUCCAGUUAAUUUUUUUUCUAAUGAGCCAUGUAUAUUCGACUUUUCAUCGUUACGUCGAUUUAGGUUGUAUAUCUUCUCGUGUCUGAGUUUGUAAUAUAUUGUCAUCCCUGAUAGGGACGAUUAAGUGUAUUUUCGGAUCACAUGAGUCUUGAAAUAAUGAUAAACCAAGAGGAAAAGAUACAAUUGUAAUAACGAGAUUACAUCAAACUAGUAAAGCUUCGACGCAGUUUUCCGUUA